AUGGCCAACACCCAAGACGUUGAAUAUGACGAAUAUUGUGAUCCGAGCAAUCCUAGAAAAAUUAAAUAUGACGAUAUUUUGGCUGCAUAUAGAAGGAUUACCGGUUACGUAGUGAAGACGCCUUGUACGAGAGCUCACAUGUCAGACAGAUUGGGCAUUGAAAUAUAUUUAAAGCAAGAAUUCAUGCAACACACUGGAUGCUUUAAGGAACGCGGGGUUAGAAAUACUAUGCUAUUACUAUCAGAGGAACAGAAAAAAGUUGGUGUUAUAAGCGCUUCGACGGGGAACCAUGGCACUUCAAUGAGCUACCACACCACACAGAUGGGUAUUCCUUGUAUAGUUGUGAUGCCAGUGCAUGCACCCAUCACUAAACUGACUAAAUGUCAAAACUUUGGCGCGAAAACAUUACAACACGGCGAGAAUAUGGCCGAAGCCAAACAUUACGCUAUGGCUUUGUCAAAAGAAAAGAAAUUAUACUACGUUAAUGGUUAUGAUCACCCAAACGUCAUAGAGGGUCAGGGUACUAUCGGCAUAGAGAUUUUAGAACAGGUACCGGAUGUAGACGCCGUGAUUGUACCUGUCGGCGGAGGUAGCCUUUUAUGCGGCAUUGCUGUUGCCGUGAAACAUUUAAAACCGGACACGGAAGUUUAUGGUAUACAAACAGAGAAAGCUUACAGCAUGGUUGAAGCUUUAAAGAGAAAUGAAAGGGUCAAAGUUAACGUUGAGUCUACAAUCGCUGACGGUUUAGGAGUAAACUUAGCAGGCGUCAAUACUUUCCACAAUCUGAAAACCGGGAUAGUGGAUAAAAUGGUAAUAGUUAAAGAGGAUUGGGUUGCCCGAGCUAUAAUGCAUGUUGUUGAAGAAGAGCGUUACGUCAUAGAGGGCGCUGCGGCUGUCACUGUAGCAGCCGUUAUGGCGGGUCUUUUCCCGAAUCUGAAGGGCAAAAAGGUGGUAUGCGUGUUAUCCGGUGGUAAUAUCGACACGACUAUCCUCGCUCGGUCGUUGGAGCGCGGUAUGGCGGCUGAGGGUAGGCUGGUGAAGUUCAAGGUGACUGUAAGCGACCGCCCUGGAGGUAUGGCGGAACUGUGCUCGCUGUUGGCUACAAUCGGCGUUACCGUCCGAGACUGUAUCCCGGAAAGAGCCUGGGUCAAAGGAGACGUGUUCAGUGUUGAGAUGAAAGUAAUAGUCGAAACAAGAGGAUGGGAUCACACGAAGGAACUGGUAGAACAGAUCAAGAAGAAGUACAAGGAAUGUUUCUUCCACGAAAUGAGCGAACGAAGCGACAAGGGCGCCGGUGCCAAGAGAGGCCCCUGCCUAGCCCCCAACCCGGUGUGCAUGCAGAAAUAA